AUGACUUGGUAUAAUCAAAAGGAACGAAAGACUGGAGGAAAUAGCUCACGGUUAGCCUCACUGGGGAUCUUCCAUUCGUUUACGGUCGAAGCUUCCUCGUUCAUGGCUCCUCCCGUCAGUCUCGGCGACCAACUGACCGUUCUUAACGUCAAUAGCAGCAGCGGGGAUGUAACAGUGGCAUGGCGAAUAGCGGUGGCUUCGUUCGUCAAUGGCCAGGGCUUCUCCCCAGUUCGUUUCUCUGGCAAUAAUCCGUUCGUUCACAGCCCACACUUCACCAUGUACAUCUCGAAGUUCGGUCUCGCUUGGUCCUUGUCGCUCAAGGUGUCACCAACAGCAGAUGGCGACUUGGUCCGCAUCGGAAACGUGAGUGGAAGGGCGGAGGCGAAUGGGGAGUCACAAGGUGGUGGCGGCUGA